AUGAAGUUUGGUAAGACAUUUGUAUCCCAUCAGAUUCCUGAAUGGUCUAUCUUUUACAUGCAAUAUAAACAAUUAAAGAAAAUCAUUAAGAAUGUUGAUCAAGUAUUUGAUGAUUUCCAACAAAAUCAACUGGAAUCAACUCAAUCAAUAUCAGAUAUUAUCAGUCAUGUAUUAUCUUCAUUCUUCUUUGAAUUGGAUCGUGAUAUUGAAAGAGUUAAUGAAUUCUAUAAUGUCAAAUAUAAUGAAUAUAAGCGUAGAUUAGAUAAAAUCAUUCAAGUUUUAGGAUAUAAUAAUCAAUCAAAAACCAUUAAUCAUCAAAUUGAAUCAAAUGAUGAAUUAGAUGAGAUUUUACAUAUCCUUUUAGAAUUGAAAACUAUUUUUAGGAAUUUAAAAUGGUUUGGAGAAUUGAAUCAUAAAGGAUUUAUCAAAAUCUUAAAGAAAUUAGAUAAGAAAAUAUCAUCCUUAAUUCAUGAUAAUUUAGAUUCUUCAAGUGAAACUAAAUUCUCAUUUGAAUUAUCAAAUCAAAACAAAGAUAAUUAUUUAUCUACAAGAGUCAAUGCUUUACCAUUUGCUAAUGAAACUGAAUUGAUCUCAAGUUUAGAUACCAUUAAUAUCUUACUUAAUCAAUUAGAUGAUGGAAAACAAGAUGAAGAAGAAAUAUCUGAGGCUGAAAUUAUUAGAAAUGAAUCAAGAAAUUUUAAAUUCCUUAAUAUUGGAACAAGAAGAAGACAUUCAUUCGAUCAAUCUUCUCUUGAUAAUUAUUACGAUUUAAUCUUAACUGAUAAUUCAUCUUUAUUAAUUACUGAAUUAAGUAAAGUUACUGAUCGUAUCUCAUUAAAAUUCUUAAUUUCAUUAUUAAAUAAAUCAGCAACUGAUAAUUCCACUCAUUGUAUUGAUGAAUUAUUCAUUUAUUUAGAAAAAUUCGUCAUUAAUAAAUCUCAAAUUUAUGAAAAUUUCCUUUAUGAUCCUUCUGACAUUAGUGGUAGAAAUUUCUUUCAUCAACAUAUUAUCAGUUUAGGUAAGAAACAAUUCAUUAAAGAACAAACUGCAAAGGAAGGUGAAAUCCCAGAAGAAGAAUCAGAUGAUGAGAAAAUUUCUAAUAAUUUCGAAGGGUUAUCUUAUAUCCUUCAUAAAAUUGAACAUUCCGAUCCUAAAUUAAACUUAAAACAAGUUCUUAUUGCUAAGGAUAAUUAUUCAAGAACUCCACUUCAUUAUUCGGCUCAAUAUGGAUUAAAAGUAAUUACCAAUAUCUUCUUGGAUUACUUAUCGAAUUGGGAUUUAAUCAAUACCAACGUUUCCAUUGAUAAUAUUGAAGUUUGGGGUGAUCAAGAAAAUUUAACUCCCUUACAUUUAUCAAUCAUCGGUAAACAUCCUAAAACUACUGAAAAUUUAAUCAUCUUUAAUAAUGCUAAUAAAUUAACUUGUCAAGAUCUUUUAUUAUUAUCAGUAAGAUUAAAUUCCCCUCGAAUUUUAAAUUCAUUAUUAAUUCAAGGAAAAAUCGAUAUUAAUUAUACUGACUUAGAACAUAAUAAUGAAUCUGCCUUAUAUAUCGCAUCUAAAUUAAAUUAUGUUAAUUUAGUUGAAUUCUUAUUAAAGAAUAAAGCUGAUCCUGAAAUUGGGGAAUUGGUAUUUGGGUGGACUCCAAUUUUCAUUGCUGCUAGUGAAGGGUAUAAAGAAGUAGUGGAAUUAUUAUUAGAUUAUGAUACUAAUUUUGAAAUCGUUGAUGGUUCCGGUUGGUUACCUAUGGAACAUGCAUGUUUAAGAGGUCAUUUAGCUAUUGCUGAUUUAUUAAAACCUAAAAAUGAAAAAGUGUUAAUUUAUGAUGUUUAUCAUCCUGAAAAUAAUUUACCUCGUGAAUUCUCUGCUUCGGCCUCUGCUGCUAUUGCUGCUGCUUCAGAAGCUAGUUUACCUCCUUCAAUCACUCCAACUCAAUCCAUAUCACUUGAAGCCACUUCAAGUAUUGAUAAAUUACCUGAACCUACUUCUAAACAUAUCACUAUGAAUGAUGUUUAUAAACAAUUGAAACAAACUGGUUCAUCCUCAUCAAUUCCAAGAUCGAAAUCUCCUCUUGGUAAAAGAAGAAAAGCCGCCAAACCUAUCAAAUCUUUUGGCCAUAGAUUUUUACAACCGGAUGAAUCAUUAAUUUUAAUUACCUUGGGUACUACUGAUUUAAGGGAUAAUGAAACUCCAAUUGAUUUAAAUAAAAUUUCAACUGCUUUAACGAAAAGUUUCAAAACUGAAUUGGAUACCGCUUUAUCAUUAUCAAUCUCGUGUAAACAGAAAUUAUCGAAUAAAUUGGUUGAACCUCCAGUUAUAAUUGAUUUACCAUUGGAAGAUCAUCAUGGUAGUGCUACUGAUCCAAUUACAUUUAAAUUAAAUAAUAAUGUUAAAUCAAAUGAUAUUAUCAUUACAUUUGAUUUGAUUCCAACUUAUCAAUUAACUUCUGAACUUGCUAAACCUCAACAACUGAAUGAUAAAGUAUUAGGUAGAGCCAUGGCGAUUUUAAAAGAUGCCUAUACUAAAGUUGGAAGUAAUUAUCGUUCAUUGAAUAAUAAUAUCACGGUUCCAAUUCUUGAAUCUUCAACUUUGGAUAUUUUAGGAUCCAUUAGAUUUGAAUAUUUAUGUGUGACUCCAUUCGAACAUAAAUCAAUGUCGAUUGAAAGAUCUGAUACUUAUUGGAAACAAUUAGUUUCGACCAGAGUUAUUGGUCAUAGAGGGUUAGGUAAGAAUGAAAAUGGUAAAAAAUCCUUACAAUUAGGUGAAAAUACAGUAGAAUCAUUCAUAGCUGCUGCUUCUUUAGGAGCAUCAUAUGUUGAGUUUGAUGUUCAAUUAACUAAGGAUUCAGUUCCUGUAGUUUAUCAUGAUUUCUUAGUGGCUGAAUCAGGAGUUGAUAUUCCAAUGCAUUCCUUAACAGCAGAACAAUUCCUUGGAUUAAGUGAAGAAGAUGGUAAUAAGCAACAUAUUGAAAAGAAAACUCAAGAUGAUGAAGCUUUGAAAUAUAGACCAAGAGCUAAAUCAUCACAUGAGUUGAAUAAAAUUGGAGAUUUCAAAUUGACAUCAUCAUCAACUAUUGAUAAAGAAGAUAAGUUAUCUGAAAAAGAUGAAGAUCCUCAUCAUUAUCAAAAUACUCGUAGAAUGAAAUUAACUAGAACUUGGAAAGAUAAAGGUUUCAAAGGUAAUGCAAGAGGAUUAUCUGUGGCUUCAAGUUUUGUUACUUUAAAGGAAUUAUUCAAAAAGGUUCCCAAGAAUGUAGGAUUCAAUAUGGAAUUGAAAUAUCCUAUGUUGGAUGAAGCUCAAGAAGAAAAUAUGGGUGAAAUUGCCAUGGAUUUAAAUUAUUAUGUCGAUACUAUUUUAAAAACCGUUUAUGAUGAAAACACUUCCGGUAGAGAUAUUUUAUUCUCAUCAUUCCAUCCUGAUGUUUGUGCUUUAUUAUCUUUAAAACAACCAACCAUGCCUAUUUUAUUCUUAACUGAAUCAGGUACUUCACCCAUGGCUGAUAUUAGAGCAUCAUCUUUACAAAAUGCAGUUAGAUUUGCUAAGAAAUGGAAUUUGUUAGGAAUAGUAAGUGCAGCAGGUGCUAUAGUGAAGACACCAAGAUUAGCUCAAGUAGUUAAAUCUUCCGGUUUAGUCUGUGUUACUUAUGGUGGUGAUAAUAAUGAUCCUGAAUUAGCCAAGAUUCAAAUGAAAGCUGGGGUUGAUGCUGUUAUUGUGGAUAAUGUUUUGGCAGUUAGAGAAGGAUUAAGAAAAGAUCAUGCUAUGAAGGUCCUUGAUGAUGAAGAUUAA